AUGUUCUCGUCGGCAUUGAAAUCCUUCUCCUCGAACAUCUCCAGCAACUAUACGAUCGCGCCUCAACCAAGCUCUACCGCCGGACCAUGGAAGAUCUUCGACGCGAAGAGGAAACAGACGGGCAAAGCUGCGUCGGUGUUUGUGUUCGACAGAAAGAGCCUCGAGGCGCCAGGUGGAGGACUGGGAGGCAGAGGCGGCGCCAGCUCUGUGAAGCGCGCACACGAUGAAGUCCUGGCACGCUUGAAGCAGGAAGCUGGUGCUCUUGCGCGCCUGCGACAUCCUUCGGUGCUGGAACUCGCCGAGCCAGUGGAGGAGACGCGGAAUGGAGGCCUGAUGUUCGCGACUGAGCAAGUCGUGUCCAGUCUGGCGGGCCUGCUGCAAGAGAAAGAUGACCGCGAGCGUUCUGCCGGGAGGGCUAGUCGGGUUGUGGUGGAGGAGUCCGAUGGCACACGAAAGAGACGCGAGCUGGAGAUUGAUGAGCUGGAGAUACAGAAGGGCCUGCUGCAGCUGGGUAAAGGGUUGGAGUUCCUGCAUGAGAGUGCUGGCCUGGUUCAUGCGAAUUUGACGCCAGAGGCUGUGCUUGUCAACGCGAAGGGCGACUGGAAGAUAUCAGGGCUGGCGUUCUGUCGCCCGCAUGAGAGCAGUACCUCCGCGACUUCGUUCCACCCCAUAAGUCUCUACGAAGUCCUGAACCAUGAUCCGCGACUGCCUGGCUCAGUCCAGCUGGAUUUGGACUACACCUCGCCAGACUUUGUGCUUGACAAUACCCUCACCGCGUCUUCGGACAUGUUCUCCCUCGGCUUACUUAUCGUGGCACUAUACAACAGCUCACACAAGUCGCCGCUCAAUGUAGGUGGCUCGCUGUCAUCAUACAAGAGGCUCUUUUCCAGCUCGACCUCCAUCCCGACGCAGAGCAACAAUUUCCUCGUGCCAUCUUCGCAUACCCUGCCUCCGAAGCUAUCUUCCGAGCUCCUCCCACGUCUCAUCACCCGGCGACCAGCUCAACGAAUGUCUGCGAAGGAGUUUCAACAGGCGAGCUACUUCGACAACAUCUUGGUCUCUACUAUCCGAUUUUUAGAAGAGCUACCCGCCAAAACGGCCAAUGAGAAGUCGCAGUUUAUGCGAGGCCUGCCACGUAUCAUGCCGCAGUUUCCCAAGCAUGUCCUGGAGAAGAAGGUCUUACCGGCGUUGCUAGAGGAGAUGAAAGACAAAGACCUGCUAGCGCUUAUUAUGACGAAUAUGUUCGCCAUGGUUGGGGCUAUGCCCACGGGCAAACGAGCAUUCACAGAACGAGUUGUCCCCAAGCUCCGAGAAAUCUACAUCACCAAUCGUUCCGCCGAGAAGGAUACGUCCAAGGAGGCUGGCCUCAUGAUCCUGCUUGAGAACAUGCAGACGGUGGCGGAGAACUGCUCUGGCAAAGAGUUCAGCGAAGAUAUCCUGCCAAUCAUUUUACUGACUCUUGAGUCACCUACCCAUGCUUUGGUUGACGCAGCCCUGAACACGCUGCCGUUCGUGCUCCCAGUUCUGGACUUUAGCACGGCGAAAAAUGAGCUAUUUCCAGUGAUAGCGAAUGUCUUCGCGAAGACUAGCAGUUUGGCGAUCAAGAUCCGAGGGCUGGAGGCUUUCUAUACGCUUUGCGGCGGUGCAGCAAACGCCGAUGACACGAACGACGAUCUCAAUGGUAUUGGUAUCGCUGACAAGAAGAAGAGCAAUGCUUCCAAUUCCGUCAUACUGGAUAAGUAUACCGUGCAGGAGAGGAUCGUACCUCUCAUGAAAGGUAUCAAGACUAAAGAGCCUGGGGUCAUGAUGGCGGCACUGAAGGUGUUCCGCCAGGUGGGUGAGGUGGCGGACUCGGACUUUCUUGCUAUGGAAGUUCUCCCUAUCCUUUGGAGCAUGAGCCUGGGUCCGCUCCUUAACCUCCAGCAGUUCCAAGGCUUCAUGUCUUUGAUCACAAAUCUGAGUGGCAAGAUUGAGCGUGAGCAUACACGAAAGCUGCAAGAAUUAUCAAGCAGUAAUGGCAGUGUGGGUGUCGCACGAAGCAGCACCGCUGGGCAUGCGACUGCAAGCACUUCCGCCAUGAACGGUCUUUCCAACGGCGAUGAGGCGGAUUUUGAAAGUCUUGUCUCAGGCCGCAAAGCAGCCCAGAACAAGGACUUAAUGAACGACUGGGGCACUGCUGCUGCUGUUCCAGCGAAUCCAGGAAACGCAUCAUCAACGCAAGCCCCGACCUUUUCAUGGCAGACAUCCACACCUGCAGCUCGACCAUCGAAACCCAUGAACUCCUCACUACGACCUCAAGCAGCACCGCAACGAGCCAUCACCCCCGAUCUGGCCUCGUUCUCCGCGUUGACGCCCAGCAGCCAGUACUCUCAACCUCUACCACCAAGCCGGACACCCAGCGGCUCAACGGCCUCCACCAUACCGAUACGACCUGCUCAACCGGGCAUGUCAGGAUCCACGACUGCUGGGUCCAGUAUAGACUGGUCUGCGGCGACGAAGAGUUCAUCGUCGGCGUGGUCAACUCAACCACCUUCUCUGAAUGGGUCUAGGACUACGAGCGGAUUUAGCAUUCCACCGCCUCCGACGAGUCCGCAUAAUGUUACACAGGGUGGUUACAAUUUUCCUGGUCCGAAGGCUUCGGUAGGAAAGCCGCAGCAGCAGCCGCAGCAGCAGAAUAGAGGGGGUGGAAUGGCGGCGGAGAGUGGGUUAGAUAGAUAUGAGAGCUUGAUAUGA